AUGAUAAUCUCAUUUAUUUCAAUUUUAUUUCUUCUAAAUAAAGGUAAUGAUAGAGCUCGACAAUAGUCAGCAUUUUCUUAUAAAUGUCACUAUUUUCUGCACUUUUCCGUCGGUGGUAUCAAUGUGUCAUACUAACGCUGUUUUACAGGGCUUUCCCUCCCUGCUGGAAGCGCAUUGACUCUCAAUGAUAUUCCAGUUUUAUCGGACAACCCGGAAAUCACAAAAGCCGACGAAGAGAAGAACAAGACUCCAGCGAAUAAAGAAGGAGAAAAUGGAGGAAACGGAGACUACAAUAACUACGGAAACGGUCAACAGAACCCAUGGGGACCUCAGAAUCCGAACAAUCAAUGGGGAAAUAACGGAGGCUACAAUCAGAAUCCAAAUGGCGGAUUCCAGAAUCCCAAUGGAGGAUAUGGUGGAAACCCCAACGGAUUCAACGGAAAUCCAAAUCAGUGGGGCCAAAAUGGAGGCUACAACAACGGUGGUGGCUUCAAUAACGGCUAUCCUAAUAAUCCAAAUGGAAACGGAUACAGUAAGCUACGACAUCGUAGAAUCAACCGAUUACCAAAAAGAAAUACAAAACUUUCUUUUUAGAUCCGAAUAACCCCUCAGGAGACGCUCCCUCUGACCCAAAUAAUCCAGACAAAAGAGAUCAAGACAAUGCUGAUAGCCUGAACGGUGGUGGCAACGGGAACGGUAACCAGUGGGGAAAUAAUGGAGGCAACGGAGGAUGGGGUCCAAAUGGGAAUGGCAACAAUCCUUAUGGAAACAACGGAGGCAACAAUCCAAAUGGAAAUCCAUGGGGAAACAACGGCGGCAACGGAGGAUGGGGCCCCCCACCGAAUGGCAAUGGUGGUAGCGGAGGUGGAAACAACCCUUGGGGAAACAACGGAGGCAAUAAUCCAAAUGGAAAUUCGUGGGGAAACAACGGCGGCAACGGAGGAUGGGGUUCCCCAUCGAAUGGUAACGGCAAUAACCCUUGGGGCAAUAAUGGCGGCAACGGUAACGGAAACAACCCAUGGGGGAAUAAUGGAGGUAAUGGCAACGAUCCUUGGGGAAACAACGGCGGCAACGGGAAUGGCAACAACCCGUGGGGAAAUAACGGCGGUAGUGGAAAUGGCAACAACCCCUGGGGCAAUAAUGGCGGUAAUGGAAAUGGCAACAACCCCUGGGGAAAUAAUGGCGGUAGUGGAAAUGGCAACAACCCCUGGGGUAAUGGAGGAAACGGCAAUGAAAAUAAUCCUUGGGGAAAUGGAAAUGGUGGCAACGGAAACAAUCCCUGGGGAAAUGGCAACAAUAAUGGCAACGGCAACAAUCCCUGGGGAAAUGGCAACGGCAACAACCCCUGGGGAAAUGGCAAUGGCAACGGCAACAACCCCUGGGGAAAUGGCAACAAUAAUGGCAACGGCAAUAACCCUUGGGAUCACAAUGGAAAUGGCAACAAUAAUCCGAUCUUCCAGAACCCUGAAAAUCUCCCGUUCGGAAUCGGAAACGGGCAAAAGCAACAAAAGCAGCCCGGCUACGAUCCAGUAAGUGGAUUCAACUUUGGACAAAAUGGAGAGCCAUUAUCUGACUUCAUGUCGUUGAGGCAUCCCACGACGGAGUCACCAAAAGAAGAAUAA